GUAGACGUGUGCCCGACAGAGCGAGCAUGCACGCCGCCCUUUGGAGCUAUCACGGUAAUACGAACCUAGAAUCGCGGGAAACGAUGCCAUCCGAGGCAACCGGGGCUGCGCGAUAAAAAUGGAAUGCGAAGAAGAUGACGACGAACUCCCCAGACAGGCACGAUGGACGUCAAGCGAGCAGACACAACUUCUAGUCUACUCCUCGGGGACCCGCUUCUGAACUUGCCUUCCGCGACUUCAUGGAUGCUUCCGCCGUGCCUUCUGGUCUUGAGCGUAUCCGGUCUAUUCAACCACUGCCGCAUCUUUCGAUAUUGCGUGAAGGUAUCCUUCUUCUACAUCACCCUGUCUGUGGUGUCCUUCUUCAGCAUUCUGCCCAGCCUCUUGAGACCCAUGGAUCCCAGAAAUCUAAUGUACUGUGCGAACAUUCUUCGCGGCAAGGGGUACCUUUUCGGCGUCGAGUUCGAAAUGCUCAACGCAGAACGAAUAAGCAAAAACAAGCGUUGCAUCCUGGUUGCAAACCAUCAAAAUGCAUUGGACAUCAUGGGCAUCGUGUCCCACUGGCACCACUUCCACCCGUGCGUGCCCGUGAUGAAGAAGGAGCUCAUCUACUCGGGGCCCGUGGGCGUGGUCUGCUGGCUCGCCGGCAGCGUAUUCGUCGAUAGGAAGAACACCAGCGAGGGAAGGGCCGCGCUCAACAGGAAGCUCGACAAGGUCCGAGACGGAAAGCUCAGCCUCUUUGUGUUUCCGGAGGGGACUCGGAACUCGGGGCCCAAGAUGCUUCCUUUCAAGAAAGGUGCCUUCCAUAUGGCCGUCCAGUGUCAGGUGCCCAUUGUUCCCAUCGUGUUUUCGAGCUACUCCGAUUUCUUCAAUGCCAACGAGUGGAUGUAUAAUAAAGGCAAGGUGACCAUGACCGUGUUGCCCGAGAUGAGCACCGAAGGGCUUUCGUCAGAGCACGUCACCGAGCUCAGUCGGAGGGUGUAUGACGUCAUGCAGACUCACAUCGACGAGGAACUGGCAGCAGCCGGAAAUCCGGCUUCCCGUCCACGAGCGGCAGUUUCGUAGAGAUUUGAAAUACGCUUGAGGACGUGGACGUGUUUGUUUGAGAUGCACAGCAGCCGUUACAACUUUCAAAAUAAACAGGAAAAAAAAAAAAAAAAAAGAGAUACACCGCGAGCACAUAGGAUACUCGUGUGAGAAAUGUCUGUUAUUUUCGUGUUAUAGGGUGUUUUCACUGCCGUAAUUUAUUGCACCAUUUUGUUGGGAUCAGAUGUCUGACGCGUGACGACGGCGUGCAUUCUGAAGA